AAUACGUCUAUGGGAGAGAGGGAGAGAGGAGGCUUGGGUCAGCUGAGAGAAACUGUUAGAGCUGUAGAACUGUACCAGAGCUGUUUCAGACGGACAUUGCAGCGUCAUUCACUGAAGCAGUACAGUAUUAGGAAUCAUAAACAGUACACUGGCUAACUUGACCUGGGAUGACACUGAACCCACACACACGCAUGCACACUUAAAGUAGAACGCACAUCUAUAGACUUACACACAGACAGGUAAAGGCCCAGUCCCCUUGGAGGGGUAUCGGCCCUGUCAACAUGGGGAGCUCUCAGUCCCAACAGAAGAAGAGGGGAGGGGCAGCAAACUCAACCAAGAGGAAGACAAGUAACAUUUCAGACUCAGAGGGCCACUUUGAAACCCCAGAGGCUCAGAGCCCUGUCCAUGCUCCACUCCAAGUCCCAGAAGAGCUGGAGACCUUCACCACUGACAGAGCAGAUGCCCUGGAGGAGGAGGAUGAACAGCUGAUAGUGUCUGGCCCAGCCAGAGAUCCAGCUCCUAGCCUCCUAUUUAACCAGAACAUGGGUCAGGCCAAGCCCCCCUUGGUCCCUGAGGAGGAGGCCCCUGUGGACUCUAAGGAGGGGCCACAAACACUGCCCAACACCACAGACACUGCAGAGGUUCAGCCCGCAAUAGCAGGCCCAUCAGCCCAGACCAAUGGAGCAGCAAAGGCCACUGCUUCUCUAGACUUAGGUCUACCUGAGGAGGAUAGACCACUGGCUACUUCACUAGACUUAGGCCUACCCGAGGAGGAUAGACCACUGGCUACUUCUCUAGACUUAGGCUUAACUGAGGAGGAUAGACCACUGGCUACUUCUCUAGACUUAGGCCUAACUAAGGAGGCUAGCAUUACUAAGACGCUUUGUAAUGGACACCCCAUAGAGACCAUCCCUGAACCUCAAGCCAAACCCACUAAAACCACACCCCCUUCCCUGAAGAUAAAGGGAGCUUUUUCCAGGGCUAGUGCACAGAGGGAUGGGGACAGUGAUAUCACCCUAGUCCCUAAGGCUAGCUACAACUUCAACCCGGACCAAUUCGACGGCAGCUUCAAUCCGUUCGCCAGUGGCGGCUCCAAGAUUCAAAACUCCCCGCCAAGCGAUGCCCUGCCCACAAUGGAGUCGCUACCUGUACCUAGCUCCCUGCCCACAAUGGAGUCGCUACCUGUACCUAGCUCCCUGCCCACAAUGGAGUCGCUACCUGUACCUAGCUCCCUGCCCACAAUGGAGUCGCUACCUGUACCUAGCUCCCUGCCCACAAUGGAGUCGCUACCUGUACCUAGCUCCCUGCCCACAAUGGAGUCGCUAACUGUACCUAGCUCCCUGCCCACACUGGGGUCGUUACCUGUACCUAGCUCCCUGCCCACACUGGGGUCGCUACCUGUACUUAGCUCCCUGCCCACACUGGGGUCGCUACCUGUGCCUAGCUCCCUGCCCACACUGGGGUCGUUACCUGUACCUAGCUCCCUGCUCACACUGGGGUCGCUACCUGUACCUAGCUCCCUGCCCACAAUGGAGUCGCUACCUGUACCUAGCUCCCUAACCACACUGGGGUCGCUACCUGUACCUAGCUCCCUGCCCACACUGGGGUCGUUACCUGUACCUAGCUCCCUGCCCACACUGGGGUCACUACCUGUACCUAGCUCCCUGCCCACACUGGGGUCGCUACCUGUACCUAGCUCCCUGCCCACACUGGGGUCGUUACCUGUAUGCAGCUCUUCUCCACCUCUUUGUGGGACUAGUUCCUCACCUAAAAUGGAUGUUGAGGAGGUCAAAGAUUCAGCGUCGGAGGCAUCAGAGGAGCCCAAGCCUGUGGAGAUAGAGUUUGGGUUAGACGAGGCAGGUGAGGUAAAAAAAAACACCGCCCAGGAGGAUGGUAAAACGCCCGGCAGUAAGCUCGCUGUCAAGAAACCAAGGGCAAAAGCAACGACAACAGCACCUGCCCCGACGCCGGCACCCGAACCAGUAAUAGCUCACCCGGUAGUAGAGCCGGUUUCAGAAACGACUUCCGAACCACUUUCCAUGCCAGGUCCCUCCUUAAGUUUGGACGACGUUCCUAUUCCCAAAUCCACUUAUACAUUUGACCCCAACCAGUGGGAAGACCCUAAUUUGAUCCCCUUUUGGGGUGGUGGUGUCAAAAUAAGUAGUUCCCCGGUUUUGCCCAAAGGAUCCUACAGCUUUGAUCCUCACAACUUUGACAACUAUGUGGACCCCUUUAAGCCAUCUACAGCCCUGGGCUGCGGGAACUCAACCUCCCGGGAUACCCCACUUCCUCCGCCAGCAGAGGAAGCAGUGAAACCAAAGCUGGAGCGGCCCCUGGAUGAGGGGAAGAGAAUGUGUCAGACUCCAAAGAAAAGCAAGGACAGGAUCAUCACGAAUUCGUGUAAGGGCAAGAAGUAUGAAAACCAGUCCCUGGUCCUGAAUGUCUGCAAUCAGGAAGAGGAUGUGGUUGUGUCACAGGUCCAAGAAAUGCCCCGCCGCGUUCGCCAUGCCACCGAUGAGGAAAAGCUGGCUUGUAGUGAAAUCAUGGGCCAGAAAGCCAAGGAGGAGGCCGGGGUGGAGGUGGAGGAAGAAAAAGACUUGGCCAUCACAGACAAUGUCAAAAGCCAGGCAAUGCUGGAUGGGCCACAGGCAAGGAUAACACACAAUAUGAAGGAAAAGGACAUUUGCAUUUCAAGUGAAGAGCUGUCAAUCACCCCAAGGCCAAAGUUGAUUGGCUGCAAGGGACACGAUGACAAAGGUAGUCCCUCCUCCAUGGAUACCAUAUCGCUAAAUGAGAUGGACAAAGCAGCGGUGCUCACCUUGAUCAGAGAGGAGAUAAUCACUAAAGAGAUAGAGGCCAAUGAGUGGAAGAGAAAGUAUGAAGACAGUCAUAUGGAGGUGUUAGAGAUGAGGAAAAUAGUGGUGGAGUACGAGAAAACAGUUGCACAGAUGAUUGAGGAUGAGCAGCACAAGAGGAGUGUCCUGGGCUCCCAGAAGAGUGUCCAGCAGGUGACUCUGGAGCGGGACCAGGCCCUGGCCGACCUCAACUCUGUGGAGCGCUCACUCUCGGACCUCUUUAGACGUUACGAGAACAUGAAGACCAUCCUGGAAGGCUUUAAGAAGAAUGAAGAGGUGCUGAAGAAGUGUGCCCAAGAGUAUCUGGUCCGCGUCAGACAGGAGGAGCAGAGAUACCACACACUCAAGAUCCAUGCUGAGGAAAAACUAGUCAAGGCUAAUGAAGACAUAGCCCAGGUGCGCUCCAAGGCCGACUCAGAGAGUGUGGCUCUUCAUGCCAGCCUGAGGAAAGAGCAGAUGAAGGUGGACUCCUUGGAGAGAGCCCUCCACCAGAAGAAUCAAGAAAUCGAGGAGCUCACAAAGAUCUGUGACGAACUAAUAGCGAAGCUCGGGACAUCAGACUGAUCAGACCUGAAAUCAUAAACGUUGGAGUUGUUGGAUGUACUGUUCCACCAACUUCUCUCCUCUCUGCCUUUCCAUUGCAGCCAAGGCCUAACCAUCCCCACUGCAGCUAGCUGGUAAAUUACUGUACACACUCCUAUACGAUCUGAACCCGUCUCUGCUAUUAUUACUCAAACACAUAGCGAGUGAGCGGUGUGUUUGUAAAGUGUGUGCCCCAUCAUGGAUUAUCAGUGUUGUCAGAAGAGACAGAGACAUGUGUUCCAGAUACGGUGUGAGGGAUAUUCUUUUGAUACAAAAAGAGAUCCACCAACUGUAUUUACUUGUGUUCAACAGGUUUACACUUUACACAAUCAUCCUGCUGCAAUUCUAGUUUGUUGUUGUUGUUGAUUAUAUUACAUUUCUGUCUAAUCUCGUUUGAUCUUCUGUUGUUUUGUAUGUUUGUUUGCUCCCAUUCUUUAGGUAAGGCAAUGCUUUUAGGGGUAUGCUAGUAUAAAUCACAUAAUUGUUUUUGAUCAUGGGACAAAAUAUAGACAAUAUUUAGGCCUCAAUCAAUUUUUCUUGUGUUUUACCGCUUAGCCCAUGUAGCCUAUAACUAAAGAGCACUAUUCUCUGACAUCAUCAUAGCACAUAGUAUUACACGAACAGCUUAACAAAUCUAUCAGUGGAGUAAUGACAUACUCUGUUUUCAUUUUAGUUUCACUCUCUUUAAGAAUGGGUUGAAACUGCCAUGUUGUUUUUUCUUCUUUAUUUUAGCUAGACACAGCGUAGGGAGCUGUGGUUACAUUGAUUGGCUCUCUGCAACGCAGCCACAGUUAAGUUUCUCUCUAGGCCUUGGGAAAACAAGACAAAUGUUUUCCAUCAUCACCAUAAUACUUGGGUUGCCAAAUUUUCCCCCUCAAAACCUAUCACUGUGAUAGUGUUCCAGGCUCAAUACCAGUCAUUAUUAGAGAUUAUGAUGGAUCUGUAAACUGUUUCAAUGCAGGUGUGGAUGCUUGUUUAGAUAUAUGUUCUCAGAGCUAUCAAAAAGCUAACUGGUUGCCCAGCAUAACAACUGUUUGCCUAAUGUUAUAACAAUAUAUAGGGCCAGUUCCAAACUACCCUUUAGGACUACAAGGACCUAUAUAGUAUGUGGACAUGGAAGUUGGAGAAGCCCAGAUGAGGUCCUACCUGGGUCAUCGUUUGGGAGUCUUUGCCUUAUCGUACCUAUUUCAUGGAUCAACAUCAUCAUCAUCAUCAGUACAGUACAAUCCACUGCCAAAUGUUAAUAUUUUGCCAAAUCAAAGGCUGUUUAAAGCUGCUUUUAAAUGUCUAUAGCUACCUUAAUGUGUACAUUUUAUAUUGUAUGAAAAUAAUUUUAUUUUAAUGGCAGUAUUUGUAGAGGACAUAGUAACAGAAAAGUGAUUUUAUUAUAGUUUCUGAUAUACUAUAUAUUGUGUGUAGAAGGCAUUCCCUGAAUAAAGGUUAUCAUGAUUAAU